AUGGACUUCCACUACGCGGAUGCUCUCGAGAAGAACAUAACUGGUAAAUGUCUUCUUGACGAGAAUCUCAACCUGAAGCUGACUGACUUUGGUCGUGCCACCACCAUUGGGCAAUUCCUCGAAGGUACCUUGCCUCCACGGGCCCAACCAUUACUUGCUGGACCAUUGCAAGGAACCUACGGCCUCUGUUCUGCCAGAACUGAGCAAUUUGCUGUUGGGACACUUCUUUACUUCAUGGUCUAUGGCCAUGAGCCCUAUGACGAUGUCAUCCUCAGCGGCGGGGAAUGGGAUCGCCGAUUUGGGCAAAUGGAGUUUCCAGAACUCGAUCGCAAUGAAAUUUUCGAUGGUCUUAUAUCUGCCUGUUGGUACAAUUUCUAUCCAACAAUGGCCUUGCUAACAUAUGACUUCAAACGCAAGACAAAGGAUAUCGCGUCGAACGCAGAGCACAUGCACAUUGAUAUUAAAAAGGAGACUGAAAACUGUGAAGCAUUGGUUCGUGGGGGUUUACUGGGACCUGAAUUAGCUUUGCGUUUUCAGCCACCCUGA